AUUUUAAGCUCAGAUUUGCCUACAUUUACACGUUACAGAUAAGUAGUUUGAGAACCAUUUUUACCGUUACUGACUCUGAUAAGUAGUUGUUAUUUUGGCAAUUUUGUAAAGACAACAUGCCUUUCAAAUCUACUGGUGGGUUUAAGUGUUCAGAGUGUUAACCAAGAAAGUAACUGGAAGAUGAAUCAGUCCUUAAAAUCAUCAUUGAAUGUGUUUAGGUUCAAGUUGAUGGACCAGCUGCCUCAGCUCUUCAGUCGGCUCCACUCCAGUCAGUCCAGUCUGGCUGAGCGUGAGCAGCAGCCGCUCAACGUGUCCAGGAGGAACUACUUCAGGAGCAAGUCUGGACGCUCGCUCUACGUCUCCAUUUGCAACAUGCACCAGCACAUCAGCCAGAACCCCGACUGGUUCGAGAAGCAGCUGUCACCUGCAGGAGGCACCUCCGCCUCCUCUGACUCCCCCUCCAAACAACCUCCUCUCCCUGCUGCUCCAAGUCCUCCCCCAAAGCCUCCCUGCUACUCCUCAUCUCAGCCCGAGCAGAGGUUCGACUCUGGCCUGGUGCUGAAUGAGGUGGUGGUGAGGACGCCGCCGCUGGAAGGCAGCGAUAGAGCCCCGAGGAGGAACAUGCUCCUGCUGGCCCCUGGCUCCAGUUCCAGCCUCAACCUUGGCCCAAGUCCCAGUCCCAGUCCAGGUCUCUGUCCCAGUCCAGGUCUCUGUCCCAGUCCUGGGCUGUGUCCUAGUCCAGGCCUGCCACACUGCACUCUGUCUGCGCUGGGACCAGCUUCAAGGUCAACCUCUGGGAUAUCUGGACUUUUACCUGAAGAGCCUUCCUCCUCCUCAUCAUCCUCAGCUGCCUCCAUUCUGCAGGAUGAGGUGUGCCCUGUCCCCGCCCAGCCAGAGGAGAGCUGUCCUUCUGCUCCUGAGGUCCCGCCUCCUCGGGAUUCGGGUAUCUAUGAUUCGUCUGUCCCCUCUUCAGAGCUUUCAAUUCCUCUAAUGGAAGGACUGUCACAUGACCAAGCAGACUCCUCCUCCUUGGCUGACAGCGAAUCGUCUUCUUCUGGGCUGGGGGACGAGGAGCCACCGGCCGUCGCGUCGCUCCGCUGCAGCGCCACCGCAGUGUGUAAAGCCGAGCUGCACCACCAUCACCACAGCGACUCUCUCGCUCCUGUGGCAUCAUUGUAGAGGAUGCCAACAGCCAAUCAAAGGAGGACCCAAAACUGUACUGGUCUUAGCCCUGAAAGUGCUGUCAUCCCCAUGGAAACAAAACUGGAAGACAUUAAAGGCAUUGGAGGAACUCAUAUGUGGAAACAAAGUUCUAGAACACGAGUUCUUGUCAGCUAUGGAGACCACUAUGUUGUAGGACUCGCCUUUGCAUUCUGAAACACUAACUAUGGCAACUAUGGUGACACUACUUCCUGGUAAUCAUGGCAACCACUGAUGUUAAACCUGUAGUCCCUACUAAAUGUGGUAAACACCACUGUGUUUCUUGAAUACUGUUACCUCGUAGCUAUGGAAACCCCUUCAUUUUGAAACUCCAUUCCCCAGAGUUUAUGGUAACAAUGCCGUUCUGCAACAUUAGUCCAUGGUAACUAUGGUAACCACAAAGUUCUAGGACCAUAUUCCCUGGUCACUGGGGUAACCACUGGGUUGUAGAACAUUGGUCACAGGUAGCUGUGGUACUUACUGUGUUCUAGAGCAAUAGCCCAGCUAACUAUGCUAAAUACUGAGUUCCACAAUGUUGACAACUACUAUGAAUGAGGUAAAUACGGAGUUCUGAAACACAAAUCCCUGGUAACUAUGGAAACCACUGCAUUUUUCGAAUAACAGUCCUAUUAACUAUGGGAACCACAGAGUUCUGGAACACUACUUCUUAGUGGACCUUUGGUAAUGACUACAUCUCUGAAUACCAGUCCAGGUGACUAUGGUACCAACUGAGUCCUCAAACAGUAGUGCCUCGUCACUGUGGUAACCAUUGGGUUGUGGAGCAUUUGUCACUGUGGUAACCACUGCAUUCUGGAGCAAUACCCAAGUAACUUUGGUAACCAAUGUGUUCUAGAACGUUGACAACUACGAUAACUAAAAUAACCACUGAGUUCUAGAACCAUAGUCCCUGGUUGCUGUGGUAAUCACUGAGCUGCAGAACCUUGGUCACCAGUAAAUGUGGUAACUGCUAAGUUCUGGAGCUUUACUCCCUGGUAGCAAUGAUAGUGAUGCAUUUGUCCAAAUAACGAGGAUAACUGCCAUGUUCUGGAGUGAUGAUGAUUCCACUAGCUAAGGGAAACACAGAGUUCAUGAACUCUGCUCCCUGGUAACUAUGGUAAGUGGGUCAUCUAGAAUGCUAGUCUCUGGUAACUAAGGUACUUUGUUUGUACCACUGACCCACCUGCCUGGAGGGUUUUUGAAGGACUGGAUCUCCAGACGCAGGUGGAUCAGAACCAAUCAGUUCAAACCAAAGACUGCCUCGGCACUGCAUACUGAUGGAUGGAUGGAUGGAUGGAUGGAUGGACGGAUGGAUGGAUGGAUGGAUGAUUAGUGACGGCUGACUCGUGUGUUUGGGUAGAAGUUCGGUACCAAAACAAGACUCUGAAACAAACUGCAUGUUUGGAUGCAGAAAUGCGAGAAGGCACAGGAUCGCAAACAUGUUCAGAUGUGGCCCAGCAACAACAUUCAACAGGAUCAAAGUAGCUGAGUGCUAAAUGCAUGAACACAUAAAGGACAUUGAGAUUUUGGCAACAGGAGGCUUUUUGUACUAUUACUUGUAAUCUCAACAUUUUGGACCUACAACAACAAUUUCCACAAAACCACAUGAAUACUGUUUUUUUCUAAAGUUGCAAUACCUUAAAUGUGCCUUUUUAUAUUCAGAGUAGAAAGGGAAGGAGCAUUGUGGUACUAUUGAAGACCUGUCAACAAUGGUACCAACACCUGAUAAUGUGACACGAUGUGGGACAAGAGCAUACACUUGUGAACUGAAAUGUAGUUUCUUUUCACUGCAUCUUAAUUCAGACAAUAAAAUUGGCAUUUAUGCAUGAUAAGAUGUGAUUACAUUAAGCUUUUAUGGUAUUGGAUAUUGAUGUUACAUUUAUAGAUGUACAUUUCCUAAUAUUUUGAACUAAUUUUCAGACAUUGUUGCAGGAAGCAGCAAAGAUGAGGGGCUUUGGUUUUAAAAAUGACCAAAUUACUUUAAAUAAGGCGAGUUCCUCCAGGACAAUGAAAGGUUGACGAGUUUGUCAAAUGAAAUGCUGAAAUGAUGUCACACUUUGAUGUAUUAAGUCAAAAUUCUGAGAAAGUAAACACAGUUUUUUACUUUUUAUGUCAGAAUUCAGCAAUGACGAACCAUUAUUUCUACUAUAACUUGAAACUUUUAUGUGUCUCCUAUUAUUUUGACUUAAUUUGAGAUUUUUUAUAUAAAUGUAAUAGCUUCUGUAAGUCUUUUUUUUUUACAUUUUCCUGACUGGGCCGUUGUUGAUCUCUUGUACAUAUUUCAUGAUAGUCAGAGGACACUGUGACUAUCAGUUACUGAUUUUUUUUUUUUUUCUUUUCACGAUCAGCAACUGCACUUGGUUUUCUGGAUCAAAAAUCACGAGUCCUGUGUUUUUUUAAGUGUUGAUAAAGUCCUUUUAAAGUGUGUUUUCUGACUCUAAGUUGCUGCUGAAGGCUGAGGAUCGAUGGCUUUUGGUUCAUCCACAGGUUUGAGUUGUUGGAAGGAAGGACUGAGCAUUUCCCACUUGUAAAUAUUUGUAGUUUUCUCUGAAAAUGUCUGAUUUUAUUUUGUAUAGACUGUCAUUUUAGUAUUUUUUUCAAAUUUUAAAGAAAUAUCUUUUUAGAGCUGUACUGUUUUAUAGUACUUUAAUUUAGGAAGUAAAUAAAUCCAUCUAUGAAAACCUU